AUGAUCAACACGGACAAGCGUCGCAACUGGACCCAAGAAGACGACAUUGCUCUCCUCAUUCAAGUGGCAGCCGAUCACGGCAAGAAGGUACAACAUCGAUUUCUGACUCUCGUCGACGAGCAUCGCAAAUUUGAUGCAGCAUCAGCACGUCUUUCUGGUGUUGACGAAGAGGAGAAAGAGAAGCAUAUGCUUCUCGAUGACAUCGUCACCUUGAUGGACGACCUCAAGACCGAUCAGCAAAAGCACUCCCAAGUUCAAGACGAAAAGAGAAAGUUGAACAAGGUGGGCUUAUCGUACGCGAAAUGGCCAUGA